UCAGUGGAACCUACUUUUUUCACAUUUAACUUCACUCCCAAAUUGACCAUUGUGGAGUCGAGACGGUAAAAAAUUUCAGUUCAUGUCUCGGUAAAGUUUUCUGAGAAAAAAACCUUAAAAUAAAGCCUGUCGAAAUCGGGGAGCGCCGAAGAUGGACCAACAGACGCCGUUCAGAUAUUCGAAAGAAGAACUCCGCGUUUUAUCCGAAUGCAACAAAGAGUCUUUCUACAGCAGGUGCCUCCCGUUCAGCACGAUUCUCGGAGUCACGACUUACUAUGCUGUUAAAACGGGUAAACUCAAUCCGAGUAUUAAAUUUGGCGCUACUCCUAAAGUGUUUGGAGCAGUUGUCAUCGGUUAUCUUUUAGGCAAAAUAUCUUAUCAGAGGGUUUGUGUUGAAAAGUUGAUGGCUUUACCAGACAGUAAAUUAGGAUCCAUACUUAGAAGUAAAUAUGCUGGCAAGAAAGCGCUUACUAUGGAUAUUCCGGAAUCGGAUAAAAUUAUUAUCGGAAUGAAAGAAGAUGAUAAAUAUGAUGAUGUGAGAAAAACUUCCCACAUGGACAUUGAUACAGACCGGCCACACUUCGCAAACCUCGAUGAUACUUAUAGAGCACCUGUAGACCCAUUCAGCUCUCCAGAAUUGAAAGAAGAACCAUUACCAAAAUAUCCGCCAACUACAUAUGAAGAAUUGAGGAGAAGGAAUAGAGAAGAUUAUGAAAAGAAUAGAACUAAACCUUAUCGUGGAGUUUUGGUUCCUGAUGAAAUUCCUUCAGCUGUGAAACAAAAUGAAAUUGGGUCUAAAGCAGACAGUUGGUUUGAUCCACCAUCCAAACCAAACAAAAAACCAACAAAUAUUUAUGGGGAUUCUUGGGAUAAAUAAAUAACUUUGAAUAGUUACAAAUGUAUAUAUAUAUAUAUAUGUAUACCUUAAGUUGUUUUUUUCUUUUUUCUUUUUGUGUUUAGAAUUUUCAGUAGGUUCACAAUAAACUGCGUGCUUGUCUACAA